AUGCGCGUUUCUACUGUUUCUUCAUUGUCGUUGCUCUUGGCGGGCUUGUCCGUUGCAGGACCCGUAUCGGACAAGCGUGCGCUGUCGAGCCGCGCCACGACGUUUAACAACCCUGUUAUAUACCAAGACUAUCCUGAUCUUGACGUUUUCAGGAUCGGAGAUGUGUUCUAUUACUCUUCAUCGACCUUUGCGUUUAGUCCAGGAGCUCCCGUGCUCAAGUCGUACGACCUGGUGAACUGGACGCCCGUCACUCACAGUGUACCAAGACUGAACUUCGGCUCUCCAUAUGACCUGCCAAACCCGACUACCCGGUCUUAUGUCAAGGGUAUCUGGGCGAGUUCGUUGCGGUACCGUAAGUCGAGCGACAAGUUCAUUUGGAUGGGCUGUGUUCAAUCGACGGGCCAGACAUAUAUCUGGACAGCCCCCGGUCAAAACGCCGCUGCCAACAACGGCGAGGUAUCGAGCUGGAACUGGACUGCUGCGGGUAGCAUUAACAAAUGCUACUACGACAACGGCAUCUUCAUCGAUGACGACGACACCAUGUAUGUCGUGCACGGCAACCCUGCCGUUCGAGUUGCCCAACUCAACAAAGACGGCACAGCCGAAGUGAAGAACCAAGAGGUAUACCGCGAUCCUAACGGCCUCACUCUCGAGGGAUCCCGCAUGUACAAGAUCAACGGCACCUACUACAUCUUCUCGACCAAGCCCGCCGACGACGAAUGGGUCCUGAAAUCCAAGAGCCCCUGGGGUCCCUUCGAAGCCCGCAUCCUCGUCGACAGCAUCUCCGGCCCCCUCUCCAACGCCGGCCACGCCCACCAAGGCGGUGUCGUCGACACCAAAGACGGAAAAUGGUACUACGUCGCCUUCCUCGACUCGUACCCCGCGGGCCGCAUCCCCGUCGUCGCACCUCUCACCUUUGACAACAACGGCUGGCCUUCAGUCGUCAAGGUGAACAACGCCUGGGGUGCCUCCUACCCAACCCCCGUAACCACCAGCAAGACCGUCCCCGCACUCACUGGCAUCGACAAAUUCACCGGCACCUCACUCAGCGCAGAAUGGGAAUGGAACCAUAACCCCGACACCUCCAAGUUCAGCCUCCUCGGCGGCGCAGGCGGUCUCAAACUCUCCACCGCAACCGUAACCAACGACCUCUACGGCGCCCGCAACACCCUCACCCACCGCAUCAUCGGCCCCAAGUCCUCCGGUACCUUCCGCCUCGACAUCAGUCAAAUGGCCUCCGGCGACCGCGCAGGCGCCGUCCUCUUCCGCGACACAGCCGCCUACAUCGGCAUCCACAAAUCCGGCUCUACCGCCUCCCUCGUCAUGGUCAACGGCCUCGAACUCAACGCCGACCGCACCACCAAAUCCACCGGCACGGUGGUCGCUACAGGCCCGGCCAUUCCCGCGGGCUCGACGGAUUUGUACCUCAGGAUCCAGGCGGAUAUCACACCCGCAUUUGGAACAAACACCCUGCGCCAGGCGACGUUUUGGUACAGCACUGAUGGCACAUCGUACAAGCAGCUGGGACCGUCGUUUGGGCUCGCGAAUACCUGGCAGUUUUUCACCGGGUUCAGGUAUGGUGUUUUCAACUUUGCGACCAGUGCGGUGGGUGGCAGUGUUACGGUGAAGAGUUUUGAGAUGCAGAAGAUUUAA